UGGUUGCUCAUGAACCAAUUACUGCUCCGCGCCGCGCGCCACCGUUCUCCUCAAUGGACUUCCCAGCGGUUCCUUGUAACAAAAAACGCUAUUCCGGAUCCCAUGACGGGAGAACUCAUGCCUCCAACACCUGAUAUCCAGCCAAACCUUCUCCAAAUAAAGCGCAACGCAAACCCAAAGACACCACCUCCAGCGCAAUCACUUGUCUUUGGUCGCACGUUUACAGACCAUAUGUUGGCCAUCCCGUGGGAUGCUGUCUCUGGUUGGGGCGUGCCUGAAAUAAAGCCUUAUGGUCCGUUGGAGAUGGAGCCAAGUGCGACUGUGCUGCAUUAUGCUCAGACGCUCUUCGAGGGAAUGAAAGCCUACCGCGACGAGCAUGGCAAAGUAACUCUCUUCCGUCCUGACAUGAACAUGAAGCGAAUGAACAACAGUGCUCAACGUCUUGCGUUGCCGACCUUCAACGGGGACGCAUUGCUCGACCUUAUCAAGCGGCUUAUCUCCCUCGACAGGCACUGGAUCCCCAAAGAGCCAGGCCACAGUCUCUAUGUCCGCCCAACACUGAUUGGCACGCAGAAAGCGAUCGGCGUAGGUCCUCCGAAUGAGGCCCUUCUCUUCGUUAUCCUUAGUCCUGUCGGCCCAUAUUACGCAUCGGGCUUCAAACCAGUAGCCUUGUAUGGAACGACGGAGUUUGUUCGCGCGGCUCCAGGCGGCACUGGCGCUUACAAGCUGGGUGUAAACUACGCCCCUGGCGUAUUGCCCCAAAAAUCUGUUGCUGCACUUGGCUACUCACAAAACUUAUGGCUCCACGGACCAGACCAUGAGCUAACGGAAGUUGGCACAAUGAACAUGUUUGUUGUGUUCAAGACUGCGGAUGGUGGACUCGAACUCGUUACGCCUCCGCUGGAUGGAAUGAUCCUCCCUGGCGUCACUCGCGACUCUGUGCUCACUCUGGCUCGCGAACAUAUUUCUGGCGUCAAACAGCUUCCUGAGCUCUCGGACAAGCUUGUUGUUUCAGAGAGGACGGUCACGAUGAAGGAGGUCAAAGCAGCGGAGAAGGCAGGGACGCUAGUAGAGAUGUUUGGUGCGGGGACCGCUGCUGUUAUCAGCCCUGUGAAUAGGAUUGGGUACAUGGGCGAAGACGUCCACAUUCCAACGGGAGAGGAUGGCAUGGGUCCCGUGUCACGGCCAAUAUGGACAGAACUCGUUGGCAGGCAAUGGGGCAAGAUUCCCAGCGACUGGAGCGUUUCCAUAGAUUAA